AUGUCUACCUACGACAGCGGCGACGAACUCGCCUAUUUGACUCCUGGAUUUGACCUCAAUUCACUGACAGUGCCGCGGCUUCGCUCUAUCCUCGUCACCCAUGAUAUCUCAUACCCUACAUCAGCGAAAAAGGCGCAGCUUGUUACCAUCAUAGAAUCCGAGGUUUUACCGAAGGCCAAACAACUCCUAAGACAACGGGACCGCAUUCAGAGAACAAGCGUGGGAAUUAUAGAUAUGUCAAGCAGCCAGGAAAGCAUCGAAGAGGAUGACAACAGCGCAUCACACCCUCCCCCAGCUACACCUUCAACGAGAAAAGGAAGAUCACGGCCAAGUACCAGAGCGUCUACGGCUGAUAUAGGUGAUACCAUUCCUCCACCAUCAACGGAUCGACGGAGGACUACACGAUAUAGUUCGAAGCAUGCUCGUGCGUCAGAUACCGAAGAAACUGGGGAGGAUAUCAAUGCCGUUGAAGCCACACCGAAAGCCACUGGACGAAAAUUGAGAAAAAGUGAAGCAUACCCAACGCCGCAUGCGUCAGUAGCGCCGAUUAAUGAGACCACCCCCGUUUCCAUCAAACGUGAAAGCCGAGAUGCCAGCGUUUUUUCAGAUGAGAACCCGUUUCAAAGUGGAUCACCAUCAGUCGCGUCAGGUGUCAGAAGUGUAAGUUCGGAAGUGAAGAGAAAGGGCCCCAGACACUCUACACCAGCAGCUCUAUCUACGGAUGAAAGAAGGAGACGUAAGGCGGAAACGCCGCCAUCAAGUGUAUCCAAGCGCGGUGAUCGGGGUUUUGUGGUGCCAACAAGCUCAACGUUCGAAGCACCAAUCACAGGGCUAAAAUCUUUAGGAGCAGAUGGGCUAGAAGACGACGAGUUAGCUGCAGGGGAGGAGUUUAGUCCUGACGAGCAAUUGGCUAUGAUGCAAGCACAAGCCACUCCUCGAAAACCUUCAGUAAAAAGACAACGGCAGAAGCAGGGGGCAGGCAGUCAAUUCAUUUCUUGGUUUGUGAUCGCUUCUCUGAUUUCUGGAGUUGCACUUUGGUGGAGAAAGGAAAAGAUUGAGAUCGGCUAUUGCGGAGUUGGUAAACCGCAUUGGUCGCUUGAAGCCACAAAAGUUCCUGAAUGGGCCAAUGUCUUGGAACCCAAGUGUGAACCAUGUCCUCAACACGCCAUCUGCCGGCCGAGCUUCGAAGCUGUCUGCGAACAAGAUUUUGUUCUCAAACCACACCCAUUGUCUCUUGGGGGCUUGAUUCCCUUGGCAGCAACAUGUGAACCAGAUAGUGACAAGCUACGCCGAGUGAAAGUAGUCACAGACAAGGCUGUCGAUGAGCUGCGCGAACAAAGAGCGAGAUACGAGUGCGGAGAGACAGAAAAAGAUGGCAGUAAGGAAGUCGCCUCUCCUGAGAUGACCUCCGCCGAACUAAAACAACGAGUUAGCAAUUCCAAACGAAAAGGCAUGAGCGAUGAGGAGUUCGAGGAGCUCUGGAGAGGUGCCAUUGGUGAAAUUGCAGGUCGUGAGGAGGUUGUGACGAGUACAAGUCCAACCUCACCUUCAGGUAUCAGAUUCAGUUCAACCUCUCUCGCCAAACUCUCCUUCACCUGCGCCAUCAAGCGCCACCUUCGACUCUCUCUCGUCGCGUAUCGACUCCCUCUUCUCAUUUUAGCCAUAACAUCCUCUUUCUGUAUUUAUAUACGCUCGCGCAUUCUCGCUAAACGUUCUGACACUGCGCGCAUCCCAUCUCUCGUCAGCAUGACUCUCGAUCGUUUGGCAACACAGGCGGCUCUACACGCUCGUGGUGAAGCGCUGGAGCCCUGGAUCUCUAUUGGACAACUUCGUGAUGACGUGCUUCGGGACGAACUCAAGAGGGCUCGACGAGAAACACUCUGGAACGGAGUAAAAAGGAUCGUAGAAGGAAAUGCAAAUGUCCGGGCGUCUGUGCGCGAAGGACGCGGUGGCGAUGUGUCGAGGGUGUGGGAAUGGAUUGGUGGGAUUCGAGCUAUUGCUGGCGGCGACUUUGAAUCUCCAGCGAAUCGACUAGACGGGUCGAAAGUUCGGUUUUCGCUCCCACUGCCUUCGACGCCAGGAGAGGUUGGCAAUGAGACCCCUGGUAGUCGAGGGAUAAAAAAGUGGGAGGAGGGAAGGGCAGUGUAUUAA